AUGUCCAAUUUAUCAAUACAAGAAGAAAACAAAAAAACAUCAACAUCUAUUAUUCGAACUCAAAAUCAACAUUUAACAAAAUACUUUUCAUCAUUAACUUCUCCUAGAACAUCAAUUGUACAUCAAUAUAAUUCUAAUCAAAUCUCUAAACAUACAUUCGAUGAAAAUAAUAAACAAUCAGCUAAUUUAAUAAAUUCUAAUGAAAAAUAUUCUCAUGAAUUACUUAAUCGAAUAUCAACACUUUGGUUUGGUUCAAAUGUUGAUCGACAACAAGUAUUUAAUUUACUCAAAGAAAAUCAAAUUCAAUGUACAAUACUAUCAGAAUUUAUAGCACGUUUAGCUCAUUCAUUUUCAAAACAUAUUAUUGAUAUUGAUGAUAUAUCAAUACGUAAAACAAUGUUAUAUCAAGCAUUAGAAUUAAGUCGAAUAGCAUUAAAAUCCAAUAAAAAUUGUGCAUUAUGUCAUUUUUCUUAUGGACAUAUUAUUGGAGUUUUAUUAAAUAUAAAUUAUUUUUCAUUAAAAGAUAAAUUAAAUGAAGCAUCUUUAUUUAAAUAUCAUAUGGAAAAAACAAUUGAAUUUGAUAAAAAUUUUUAUGAAGCAUAUGCUUAUUUAGGUAGAUAUGAAUAUACAGCAUUUAAUUUAAGUUUAUUAGAACGUAAAGCAGCAUCAAUAUUAGGUUAUAAAAUUGAAGGAAAUUUAGAUAAAGCAUUAGAAUAUUUUCAUAUAGCAAUAAAAGGAAAUUAUGAUAUGAUACAUACAGUUUAUUUAUUAAUGGGAAAAAUUUAUCAAAAGAAAAAACAAUAUAAUGAAGCAAAAAAAUAUUUAAAUAUGUGUAUACAAAUUCCAAUUCAACGAAAAAGUCAAAUUAAUAUUGUAGAUAAUGCGAAAAUUUUGUUGAAAAAUAAAAAAAUUGAAAAUUUAUCGUUUGAAUCUUUCAUUUGUCAUUUGAAAAAGUAA